UAACGUCUUCUUCAGAACAUAUGAAGUCAAGGGUGAAUGUGAUCGCACUCUGAUCUACGUCACUCUGUACAUCACGGAGUGCCUGCGCAGACUCAGCAAGUGUAAAGACAAAGCUCAGGGCCAGACGGAGAUGUACUCUCUCGCCAUCUCCAAGUUCCCCAUUCCUGGCGAGCCGUCGUUCCCUCUUAACGCGGUCUAUGCCAAGCCCAAGAACGAACAAGAAACCGAGCUGUAUCAGCAGUAUCUGCUGCAGCUGCGUCACGAGACGGGGGCUCGCGUGUGCGAGAAAGUCUUCAGCACUCCUGACGGGCGACCCUCGAAGUGGUGGCUCUGCUUCACCAGAAAGAAAUUCAUGGACAAAUCCCUGCUCGCGCCAACUUCAUAAUUAUUUGAUUUCGCCAUAGAAAUGGACCCCAUGGCAAAAUGUUUUCUAAUAAUAUUACGAUUGUCAUUGCUAAAUGCUUACCGCUUGAUUGUUAACAAUUACCUUUCAUGAGUUGCCCAUACAUGCCUAGGUUAGUGAGAUCUCCAUUCCAUGGUUCAAUGAUCUUCAGUGCUGCACUAGUUGUGUACCAUUCGCUUUGUUUUUUUUUCCGUUAAAUUAGAUUACGUGCUAAACGUUGCUUCUAUUUAUAUAGUUAUUCGUAUAGUUGGUGUUGUGCCUAUUGACCACUUAGCGUGGACUCUGACUUGCUUUAUACGCACUGCCUGUAAGCACUAUUAACAAGUUAAUGAUCGCCUUUGAUUUUUUCGUUUGCUUGAUUAAUGUUUAUCAUUCCACAUGCGUGUUAAUGAAUGUCGAAAUAAAAUGUCAUUAUUAUACGGA